AUGGUGCCUGUUAAACGCGUUGCGGUAAUCGGCGCGGGGCCGGCAGGAGCUAUUGCGAUAGAUGCUCUGGCGCAGGAGAAGACCUUUGACAUUAUCCGUGUAUUUGAGCGUCGCGAAGGUCCUGGAGGCUGUUGGAUUGGCGAUUCAUCCCAGCCUCCAACGCUCCGCGACUUCGCAUCUCUGGCGACGAGAACAGCUGAUCCUCCACUACCUAUCCCCCAAAGUUUGCCUGCGCAGACUCUAAAAUCGGAUCAGCCUCGCUUUACUGAGUCGUCUGUUUACCCCUACCUGGAAACCAAUAUCGACUUUCUGCCUAUGCAGUUCGCCCAGGAACCUUUCCCAGAAGAGCGCAGCGAGCUCUCCAUAUCUCACCACGGACCCGAAACCCCAUUCCGGAAAUGGGAUGUGGUCCGGAAAUACGUUCGGAGUCUUGUCGAGCGCCGGGGUUACAGCGAUUGGGUCUCAUACAACACCACGGUCGAACGGGUCGAGAAGGUGGGGACAGAGUGGAAAGUAACACUCCGAAAAGAUGGAGAGAAGAGUGAUUACUGGUGGGUUGAGUGGUUUGAUGCGGUAGUCGUGGCGAGUGGCCACUUCUGGGUCCCCUAUAUACCCCCAAUAGAAGGCCUGGAGGCAUUUGAGAAGACCAGACCGGGCAGCCGAGUUGUGGUUGUCGGCGCAUCUGUCUCAGCAGCCGAUAUCGCAGUUGAUCUUGUUGAAACGGCAAAGGAACCAGUCCACGCAAUCACAAUUGGCCAUGCUGCCAACGGGUACUUUGGCGAUGAGGCAUUUAACCACCCCAAGAUACAAAAGCACCCUUCAAUAGAACGAGUCUCGAACAGGACUGUGCACUUGACGAAUGGCAACUGCAUCACGGAUGUUGACCACACAAUCUUCGGCACAGGCUAUAGCUGGACGCUGCCAUUCCUCCCAGCAGUUCCAGUCCGCAAUAAUCGGGUUCCAGAUUUGUACCAACACGUUGUUUGGCAAAAAGACCCGACAUUAUUGUUUGUCGGCGCCGUCGCGGCUGGUCUGACGUUCAAGGUCUUUGAAUGGCAAGCUGUUCUAGCCGCACGGUUGCUGGCUGGCCGGGCUACCCUACCGUCUGUUGAAGUGAUGCAAAAAUGGGAAGCGGAUCGUGUAAAAGCUCGGGGUGAUGGCGUGAAGUUUACAUUGAUCUUCCCGGACUUCGAAGACUACUUUGAGACGGUGAGACAUCUAGCCGGCGAGGGGGAGGAGGGCAAGGGACGAAAGCUGCCCAAAUUUCGUCGCGAAUGGGUGCGGGCAUUUUUUGAAGGACAUGAACGCCGCAAGGCCAUGUGGAAGCGGUUGAACCUGAAAUCUCGAGCAGCUUUGAUGAAUACCGAGACUACACACAAGGAAGUAGCUCGGCUUUGA